AUGGCUUCCAACGACCAAGAGAACCAAAAGUCAACCAACCCGGCCCUCGAACCGGAUCUGGACACUCCGACGGAUCCGGGUCUGGAGCUGGCCCAAUUUGCAGCGGGCUGCUUUUGGAGCGUCGAGCUGGCCUUCCAGAGAGUGGAGGGCGUGGUGAAGACUGAGGUGGGCUACUCGCAGGGCCAGGUCCAUGACCCGAAUUACAGACUGAUCUGCACCGGAUCCACUAAUCACGCUGAAGUUGUUCGGGUUCAUUUCGACCCGAAAGUUUGCCCCUACACCACUUUGCUGGACGUGUUUUGGGGAAAACAUGAUCCCACCACCCUCAAUCGCCAGGGAGGGGAUAGCGGGACACAAUACAGGUCAGGCAUAUACUAUUACAACGAGACACAAGCUAAAUUAGCCCGAGAUUCGCUAGAAGCAAAGCAAAAGGAGAUCAAGGUAAAAAUCGUGACUGAAAUCCUACCGGCCAAGACAUUUUACCGGGCCGAAGAAUAUCACCAGCAGUACUUGGAGAAAGGCGGGCGUAAUGGCUCCAAGCAAUCGGCUGCUAAGGGCUGCAAGGACCCGAUCCGUUGCUACGGUUAG